AUGCCUCCUAAACCUAAGUCAAAACCCAAUAACCCCCCAAGUCAGCCAAUCCAACUCUCCAACUUGAUCAACCCAAACACAAACAUUUUACCCUACAAUUAUAUUGCUGAACUGGUUUCAGCAUUGUCUAAACCAGGCAAGAAGGGAGAGGACAAAGGGGAAGACAAGGACAGGUAUAAGGGUAACAGAGAGGACAAAGACAAAGGCAAAGGCACAGGCAUGGCCAAGGGUGGGGGUCAAAGUGAAUGUGUGGGCAAGGGCAAGGGCAAGGGCAAGGGCAAGGGCAAGGGCAAGGGCAAGGGCAAGGGCAAGGGCAAGGGCAAGGGCAAGGGCAAGGGCAAGGGCAAGGGCAACGGCAAGGAUGAAGAUCAGGAUGAAGGCAAAGUGUCAUGA